AUGAAUGAAAAUGAAAGAUUGAAACAAAUUUUAGAUGAAAAAGAGGAAGUAUUAGAUUCCAAAGAGGAAGAGGAUUCACUUGUUGAGAACAACGCAAAGGAACUAGAAAACAUUUCUAAAAAAAAUUUAGAAGUAUUAAAAUUUCUGAACAAGCAAGAAUUAAUUUUAUUAAUUGGUAAAUUGGAUAAUGAAGAUAGACUCAGCAAAAUAAUAGAGAAAGAAAUUAAACAAGAUAAUUUGGAAAUUCUAAAAAAUUAUGAAAAUGAACAGUAUGAUACGAUUAAUCUUGAAGAAAAAGAUCGAAAUGAAGAAGAAAAUGAGAAAGACGAAGAACAAGAAGAAAACGAGUAUCUGAAAUUGUGUAAAUUCAUUCCUUUAAGGCUGACAUAUGAAGAGAGACUAUACCUAAGAUUACUUGAAAGUGCACUAGAAGUUAGUGAAUAUACAGAUAAAAUAGAUGUAUUUCAUAGUGGAAGUAAGAGCAAGAAAAUAAUAAAGGAAAUAAAAACACUAUGUUCCAUAUUGUCCGGUUUAGUUAUAGCUAACAAUUAUGAAAAUGGGCAAAAAUUGAUUAAAGAUAGAGAUUUUUUACGGAAUAGUAAUUUUUUUAGUUUUGUUUUUGAAAUAGGAAGAAGAUAUAAAAUUUUGAAUCCAGACAGGAUGAGGAGUAGUUAUGGGAAAUUGAUGUACUUUUUAAUGGAUACUAGAAGAGAAGAUAUUUAUGAUUUGUUAUCAUUUGAUUGUGUGGCUCCCAUAAAAACUGUAUAUGAUUUAUUAAAAGGGAAAAAAAAUGGAUUAGAAAUAUUAAAUGAUAAUUUAAUUAAAAUUGCCACUAUGCAAAUAGAUGCAAAAGGCAGUAGAAGUGAAAUACAAAAACAGAUUAAACAAAAGGAAGAAGCAAUAAAAUAUCUGUCAAGAAAAUAUGCAAGUAAUAGUAGCAAAAAUAAUAAAAAAAAUUUAUUUAGAAUAAAUAUUCCUAUUUUAAAUAACCAAAAUAACGAAGAUAUCGAAUCAGGUACUUCAGAAGAGUUACAAUUCUUGUCUUCAGAAGAAAUAGAAAGAUGUUUAUACAGUCUAUGUGAUUAUAAUACACAUAUACAAAUGUUUUGUCAGCCAUGUGAAGUUAUGAUUGAUUAUUUGAAAACGUUUUAUGACCCCUAUGAAAAAAAUUCUCCAUACUCUUUAUCCAUCGAAUCAGGAAAACAAGGAAGUAGAUUAACACAUUCACAUAAUAGGCAAUAUAUGUAUGUAUUGCAAACAUUAUAUUUAUGGAAAGAAAUAGGUGAACAUAUGUUUUUUUUAUGGGCUUGUGCAGAAAGUGAUAUGUUAGAUUUUAAAAAUCCAUAUCGAUUAAUGGACACAGGACAGGGAUUAAAUAGAAUGCAAAGUGGUCAUAAAGUUCUAAAUGUCAUGAAAAAAAUAUUGCAUAAUGUUCAGAAAAAAGUGGGAGGAUGGGUUGGUUCUAGCAUGAUUCACAUGGGUGAUACCAACAUCCCAAACACAUUCAUGUUUAUUGACAAAUACACACAGGUUCCAAGGAUUUUAACGCCAAUUGUCCUUUGCUUGCAGAAAAUCGAUGAGCUUUAUGAUUCUACGCCCUCAAUGAAAAAUUACAUCAAGACGGAAUUCAAUGGUGCCCAAAAUUUAAAAAUGAUGAUAACUUGUGAUUUUUUUCGACAUGGUUUCGACGGCAGUGGUGGUGACAAUUUUAACGAAGCAGGAAGUUGCAUCGAUGGAAGAUUAACCUCUGCCUGGAAUUGGUGUUCGAAAAUUGAAAAGAAAAGCUUUUUCCCUAUAUUUUUAUUAACCGGAUUUGUUGGCUUUGAUGGAUCCUUUUAG